AUGAAGUCACUGCUGCUGCUGCUCGUUUGUGCACUCCUCUGCCAUGUCGCGCUGGCUGCAGUCGUUCCCGAGGCCGCUAACGUCGCGGCCAGCGAUCUCGAUAAGCGCAGCCAGCGCAAGUCCACCAACAAGGCCAAGCAGCUCGUCCAGGCCCCGUCGUCGUCGAGCAGCAGCGCCAGCGUGCUCACCUCGGCCGAGUUCAACUGCAUAUUCCCCGGCCUCGCCAACGGCCAGCAAGUCUACAGUGCACUGAUCUCCUCCGUCAAGGGCAAGUCGCUUGGCACCUCUCGCCCUGAGAUGGCCAUGUUCCUGGGCCAAGUCGGACACGAAAGCAACGGACUGACCGCCACCACCGAAUACUGCGCCCUCAGCGGCUCCUGCCUCACCUCCUUCGAUGGACCUGGAUGGUGCGGUGUCAAGACCCCCAAGGGCAAGCACUACUACGGAAGAGGCUACAUGCAGCUCUCGUGGGCUUGCAACUACCAGGCUGCCGGCAAAGCUAUCGGCAUGGACCUCCUGAACAACCCCGACAUUGUUGCCAGCAGCGUCUCUGUUUCCUGGCAGACCUCGGUCUGGUUCUGGAACGUCAACAACUGCGGCGCUGGCUCCUAUGCAAGUGCCACCCAGAAGAUCAAUGGCGCUCUCGAGUGCAACGGCGGUCCCGGGGCCUCCAACCAGGCCAGCCGCAUCGCUCACUACAACACCGCCCUCAAGUGCAUGAAGCUGCCCAACAACCGCGGCCCCACCCGAUGCUAA